CCCUGGGCAUGGGGUUAGGCUGGGAUGGAGGCUCCAGCCCCACAGGAGCUGUGCUUGGGCAGUGCCAGUGGCACCCUGGGCAUGGGGUUCGGCUGGGAUGGAGGCUCCAGCCCCACAGGAGCUGUGCUUGGGCAGUGCCAGUGGCACCCUGGGCAGGCACUGCUGCCGAAGUCACUGCUGGGGGCUGCAUCUGGCUGCAUCCCCAGCACCAGGAAGGGAUGCAGAUGCACAGGCAGCUCUGUCCCUCCCCACAGCCUCAUCACCUGUGGGCACUGUACCCGGAGCCCUCUGCACUGGAUGAGCAACAGCAGUGCCUGCUGUGGUCUCCAUGAGAGCUGUGCCCCUGCUCCCUGCUCCUGGGAGUGCAGCUCUGGGGAAUGCAGCUCCAUGGAGUGCAGCUCUGGGGAAUGCAGCUCUGGGAGUGCAGCUCUGGGGAAUGCAGCUUUGGGAAUGCAGCUCACAGGAGUGCAGCUCUGGGAGUGCAGCUCCAUGGAGUGCAGCUCUGGGGAAUGCAGCUCUGGGAGUGCAGCUCUGGGGAAUGCAGCUCUGGGAGUGCAGCUCUGGGGAAUGCAGCUUUGGGAAUGCAGCUCACAGGAAUGCAGCUCUGGGAGUGCAGCUCCAUGGAGUGCAGCUCUGGGAGUGCAGCUCCAUGGAGUGCAGCUUUGGGAAUGCAGCUUUGGGAAUGCAGCUCUGGGAGUGCAGCUCCAUGGAGUGCAGCUCUGGGGAGUGCAGCUCUGGGGAGUGCAGCUCCAUGGAGUGCAGCUUUGGGAAUGCAGCUCCCAGGAAUGCUGCCGUGCCAGCCCCGGAGCUCUGGCUGUCCUGGCCUGGAGUCCCAUGCCUGCCCCCAUCCCCUGCCCGGUGCCGUUGUGGCCCGCGAGCUGGAGGGGCUGCUCUGCCGUCCUGGGGUGUGUGGGGGACAGACCCCCAGAUCCUGGGGCUGGUCGGGGCUGGGACAUGGAGCCUGUGAAGCGGCAGUGGUGCUCUGUGGGGCGGCAGAACCCGGGCUGGCGCUGCCGGUGAGCUUCAGGCACCACCUGGCACGGCGUGGGGACAGGGAGCUGGGCCCUUAUCCAUGAGGAGCUGCUGACAAAGUCCCCAGGACAGGGCUGGUACCACAACCCUGGGGCUGUCAGGCAGGGGCUGCGCCCCUCAGACCGAGGGUUUGCUGGGCCCAGGGCUCCCGAGGACGGAGCAGAGGAGCAGUGGGGCUGGAGACCUGCCAGGGAACCGUCCCGGGGGAGCGGGCAGA